AUGAAGAAGAAGGGUUUAAUCUUGAGGCACUCAAUCGCUCUUGUCACCAUUCUGGUAACCGUUUGCUGCAUUUUCAUCGUUAUUGUAACUUUUUUCAAGCUUCCCGAGGUUCAAAACAAGAGGAAUCAGAAAAUGGGGUUUUACCCCAUUACCAGAUCUAGAAAAGUCUCCAUUCAAGAUUUUAACUUGUGCAAGUUUGGUGAAAUGAUGAUUGAAAUGUUACCUCAAGAUCUUGCUUUCACUGUUUUUGUUCCGUCAGAGGAAGCUUUUAAGCGUGAUCUGCAUUUGAAUGUCGAUGAUAGUUUGAAACAAGACAAGUUUAAUGAUACUUACGCAAUUGUGAGUCGUGUGUUGGGGUUUUCUGCUGUUCCUCGUACAGUUUGGUCGGUUGAUUUAAGGUUUGGUGAGGUUGUGAACCAUGAGUCUUUGUCUGGGUUUUCUUUGUAUGUUUCGAAAGAUGUUGAUGGGAUGGUGGUUGUUAAUAGGAUUAGGUCUAAAAUUGUGGAUGUUAGACAAAAUGGGAUUGUUGUUCAUAUUUUGGAUGGGGUUAUUAUGGAUGCUGAUUUUGAACAAUCGGUUUUAUCUGAGGAGGAUUGA